AUGAACCGAAUAUUGUCAUCGGUGAAAUAUUUUGAUAAGUCGAAACUGCUUGCGCGAAAUGGCAAUGACAUUGAGCAAAUUCGAAAGGUUUCUGUCUUCUUAAAGAAACAAUCAAAAAUUGAUCCAGAACAGGCGAAAUUGCGCGAAUUGAGAAUGAGAAGGAAACUGGAAAAAGAAAUUCGUCAACUGAAAUUACACAGUAAAAAGCCUAAACCUAUAAUGGAAUUAACAAUCGACAUAAAAUCGGCAAAAAACAUUGAUGAACGCUAUCGACCGAAAUCUGUGCUUUUUAAGAUAUCCGAUGAUGAGAUGGAAAAACGUUAUAUAGCAUUACGGGAUUAUAGUUUUUCUCGCGCAGCGUUGAUGAGAUUGGAUGAAAAAUGGAUACGGCAAAGCAUCGAAAAACAAGAAAAAGCACUUAAAGAAUUGAAACUUCUUUCACUGGAUCUUUAUGAAGCUGCAAUACAACCGGAUCAUUCUAUCGAUGAUGGAAUAAUUCUCAAUGGUCCGACAUUAACACCUCCUUUAACGAAUUAUGAACCUCCUGACGGCGAUUAUAUUGAUAUCACUAAGGAAUGGGUAUGA